UGGUGACCACUGUGCUGAUCCAACUUCACCUGCUUGAUCUCCUCUCUUGGCUUCCUCUACAACCAUGUCUGACAAACCCAAUAUGGCUGAGAUCAAGAAAUUUGAUAAGUCGAAACUGAAGAAGACAGAAAUGCAAGAGAAAAGUCCACUGCCUUCAAAAGAAACAAUUGAACAAGAGAAGCAAGCAGGCGAAUCGUAAUGAUGUGUGUACUGCCAAUAAGCACGGUACAUUCCACAAGCAUUGCCUUAUUUUACUUCUUUUAGCUGUUUAACUUUGUAAGAUGCAAAGAGGUUGGAUCAAGUUGAGAUGACUGUGCUGCCCAUUUCACAUCAAAGAAUGGAGAACUACAUACAAUGAAGGCCACACCUGCCUCCCCCAUCUCCCUUCUUUUUGGCAGGGAAGGAAAAGAAUGUGCAUGUUGGUGAAGGAAGAAGCUGGGUGGGACAAUGAAAUCUAGAGAAAAAAACCAAUGGGUCCAAGAUGAUCUGCAGGCUGUCAAAUGCAGUUUAAUCAGAGUGCCAUUUUUUUUUUGUUCAAAUGAUCUUAAUUAUUGGAAUGCACAAUGUUUUUAAUAUGCAAAUAAAGUUUUAAAACCUGAAAAAA